AAGGAUCAACCAAAACAUACACACAUAACUGAACAUCAUGACUAAAAAAUCAAACUCACGAUGUUGCUCAUCAUGACUAAAAAAUCAAUCAUCUCAAAUACGCAGAAUCAACCUCAACACAUCAUUGGCCGCACCAAUCCGAUGUUCUAUUUCUACUUUAACUACUGAAUUGAGACAUUGGUGUCAUCAUGGCAAUCAACACGUAUUUCAUCUCUCAUAG